GAUUAAAUGAACUUUAUCAUUUAGUUGCCCGUAGUUAUUGCAGCCGGUUCAUUAAAUAGCUAAAAUAAUAUAGUCAAAAUGUUGUGUGCCAUACUUUUACCUUUACUAAUCCCGGUAGGGUUAGUGAUAUUUUUCAAGAUACUAAAUAAACCGGACAAGCCGGCGUUAUUUGGCGUGUAUCAACAGAAAAAUAAAUUCUUCUAUUUGAAGUUUUUAUUUAUGUACACGGUUUUGAGGUUUAGACAGCUAAAAAAUCACCUCACCCGGCAAUUUGCGGUUGAAGUCGGCAAGAGCUGCGAUGGGACAUUGCACGUUCAUAAACAAGAUGUGGUUCUCGAAAACAAGUAUUAUCUAGGGGAUUACGAACAGGCCAUCGAUGCGGUGUAUUUCAAUGGCACUAAAGAGGGUGAUGCAGUGAUUUGCGGAAUUGCAAGGAGGCCCAAGAAUGUCGUAGAUGCCUUCUUAUACUUGAAGGUCAAAGGGGAAGAGCUCCUUCUUUCACCGGAGUUACCCGACACUUACCAAAACCAAGUGACGAUCGAAGAGGGCCUGUAUAGAAUAAAGGGCCUUGAAGUUGUCAACUUUAUUCCUAUGAGAACCUGGAAAUUGACUUACAAUGGUGAAAUGAAACCCAGGAACGAUUCGGAGAAGAGAGUGAAAGUAGAAGCCGAACUAACAUGGAGCGCGGUGUUCUCACACUUCAACUACGACACUCAGAUGUCGCCUAUAGGUUUAGCACGAGACAUGGCUACUGAAAAAUGGUCGAGGGGCUACUUCAAGCUACUCAAAAAAUUACACCAAACACAUUACGAACAAAUGGGUGUCAUAGAGGGCACUGUCACCAUCGACGGCAAGGAACACUCUAUCAACAUACCAUGUGUUAGGGAUCACAGUUUUGGACCGUUCCGUGACUGGCGUACAUUCCACCGUUACGUCUACCAUUUUAUGUUCUUGGAAAAUGGUGACUGCUUAGCCAUUGGCACAGUUUGCCAACCUGCUGUUUUAUCGCAUCUGACUAUCGGAUACCUCUGCCGUCAAUCAGACCAAGCUGUGUUACCAGUACAGUCCAGUGACUUUAAAAUGUACCAACACGGUGAAAAUCAGAUCUUGCCCAAAGAUUACGGAUUUACUUUCGAAGCUGGUCACCAAACAUAUGCAGUAAAAGUACAGGUUGAAGACGAGGAAAUAUUCUACAUUGGCAAGUCCAGGGAGGCUAAGUUCUAUGAGCGAUGGUGUACCGUGGACAUCAACGGCGUUAAGGGCUCCGCUUGUGUAGAAUGGCAUUACAAUAAUGUUCAGUCUACUAGAGAAAAGACUGCGUAAUUUAAUAACUUAGCAUGUAUGGGAUAAUGGCAGGAUGAUGAUGUAGUUGUUUUUAAUUUUAUUUAUAUAGCAACAUUUUCAAAUUCGAAUUGAAAACAAAUUCGAAAUUUGAAAAACGUGACGUGUUUUGUAUUUUUUGAACUGGCAAUGACACUGUUUAUUGCAUUACUAUGUGUGUGUUAGUAUAGUAAUAACAAUAAAUUGAUGUGUGCGUAAUUUUUGUUGUUUUCUUAACCUUACCUAAAUAAUGGUGGAAAGGAUUUUUAUUAUAUUGACGUUUAAACGGUUAGUGUUAAAUAAAAACUAAAUUAGCGAGGAAAGUUAACUAUAUUUAGCAUAACAUUUUUUACUUAAGUAAGUUAUAACUUAAGUAUAUCUAUAAAAUAUGGACUAGCAAUAUAAUUCACAAUAAUGACAAUACAUUUUAUUUCAUUGAAUGAAAAUCAUAACCAAUUCAAUUAAUAAAUAAAGACUAGAUAACUGCGACAAAAAUCUACUGACUAUUGCGCUAGCGAAUAGGCAUAAUACUGUACUCAAUUGUGUAACCAUUCAGCAAUCAAGCAAGAUUGUAUAAAUAAAAAAAUAUAUUUAUAUUUCUAGGCAUUCACGAGCCCUAUACCCAGUUCACCUUAUAUUUAAGAUGUUGCAUAGAACACUAUGUUUCAGAAUUCUUGCUUGUAAAUAUUCUGUCGCAGUCAUCUCCCCUCUCAGGACCUAUCCAAAGUAAAAAUCAACGUUAUAACUAAUUUGUUCAGCUAACUAAGUAUUACAGAAAAAAAUCCUUGUACAAAAUAAAAACUAUUAGCAAUAUACUAUCUCUGUUUGUCUCUUAUACAUAUUUGGUAUACAUGUAGGAGUAUGUACGUUCGUAUACAACAGUAUUAUGGAUAUGAGAUUUUCAUCGCGGUUUUACACGUACUUUCCACAUUUAUGUAGACCAAACGUGUAUAUCAGAAAAAUAAUAUGACGUAUGUAGAUAUAAAAUUCUUAUAAAACAUUGUACUUUAUUCAUCGAAUAUCAUGUAUCAACCAGCCUCUUACUAUAACUACGUUUGUGUUAAUAUUUAUUAAAUAAAGAAGUGGAAACGAA